AUGUCGUCGAGGCAGCUGCAGCGGCUCGCCGUCACGCCGCCGUCCGAAGACUCGGACAACGUCGUCCCGGGUUCGCGUUACACAAAUCGUCAAUCGCCUUCUUCCUCGAAUCACCAGUCCCCCGCGGAAGCAGCCCCGCAACGCGCCCACCGGGCCUGCGAAAAAUGCACGAGGACGAAGAAGAAAUGUGACAAGGGCCUGCCCGCCUGUUCGAGAUGCACCAGACUCGCCACCAACUGCUGCUAUGACUUUGUCGUCAACCCGCCAUCACUGACCAUUGUCGACCAUGGCGUCGCGGCCCAGCAGCCGUACAACGCGGCUGGCGAUCCGGGCUCCGCCUUCGAGUGGCUCAACCAGGUCGACUUCACCGCCAGCCAGAUCAUGCAGCUUUUGACCAGCCGCGGCGUCGACUGGAAGGCCUCAGUCACGAUGUAUUUUGGUACAAUCAACACAUGGCUGGCCGUCAUCCACCCCGAAGUCUGGGAGAGACGGGUCGCUGCCGCUCAACUCGAGACGAACCCUGACGACGUUGAUCUGGCCCUCAUGGUCUUGUGCAUCCACCUGCUGACCAUUUGGAACUGCGACGAGUUUUCCCCGACUGCCAUGCUUGAGCAUCCUCUGUAUCAAUCAGCCAAGAGGAUAUGGAUUCUGAGGAAAGCCUUCAGCAAAGCCAAGAUUGAGCACAUCCAAGCGGGCGUCUUGAUCUCUCUCUAUGAGCUCGGCCACGGUAACAUCUCCCGCUGCUACCAGACUUUUGGUGAGGCGGCUGCGAUUGGCAAGGUCUUAUAUUUGAAGCCUGGAAAGUACGUCAAGGAGGAAGAGGACUUGCCUGCCGACCCCGAGGAAGAGCAGAAGCGAGCCCUCUGGUGGGUUCUCGUCAUCAUGGACAAGUAA